AUGAGCCGCGCGGUGCUGGCCUGGCUGGCGCUCUGCGGGAGCCUGGCGGCGCCGCGCCCCGCCCGAGCGGAUGUGUGUGACUCCAACCCCUGCCAGAACGGUGGCAUCUGCCUGUCAGGGCUCAAUGACAACUUCUACUCCUGCGAGUGUCCCGAGGGCUUCACAGACCCCAACUGCUCCAGCCUUGUGGAGGUUGCCUCCAUUGAAGAGGACCCAACUUCAGCAGGACCCUGCCUUCCUAAUCCAUGCCAUAAUGGUGGGAUGUGUGAAAUUAGUGAAGCGUACCGAGGCGACACGUUCAUAGGCUAUGUUUGUAAAUGUCCACAGGGAUUUAAUGGGAUUCACUGCCAGCACAAUGUCAAUGAAUGUGAAGCUGAACCCUGCAGGAAUGGUGGAAUCUGCACAGAUCUUGUUGCCAACUAUUCCUGUGAAUGCCCAGGUGAAUUUAUGGGAAGGAACUGCCAACAGAGGUGCUCUGGCCCACUAGGGAUAGAAGGAGGGAUUGUGUCAAACCAACAAAUCACGGCAUCAUCCACCCACCGAGCUCUUUUUGGACUCCAGAAGUGGUACCCAUACUAUGCACGGCUUAAUAAGAAGGGUCUUGUGAAUGCCUGGACUGCAGCAGAAAAUGACAGAUGGCCAUGGAUUCAGAUAAACCUGCAGAAGAAGAUGAGAGUCACUGGAGUUAUAACCCAAGGUGCCAAGAGGAUUGGAAGCCCAGAAUAUGUAAAAUCUUAUAAAAUUGCCUACAGUAAUGAUGGGAAGUCAUGGACAAUGUACAAAGUAAAAGGCACAAAAGAAGACAUGGUGUUCCGCGGGAACGUGGACAACAACACCCCGUACGCCAACUCCUUCACGCCGCCCAUCAAGGCCCAGUACGUCCGGCUGUACCCCCAGGUGUGCAGGAGGCACUGCACCCUCAGGAUGGAGCUGCUUGGCUGCGAGCUCACAGGUUGCUCUGAGCCCUUGGGGAUGAAAUCAGGACACAUCCAGGACUUCCAGAUCACUGCCUCCAGUGUUUUCCGCACCCUCAACAUGGACAUGUUCGCCUGGGAGCCCAGGAAAGCCCGGCUGGACAAGCAAGGCAAAGUCAAUGCCUGGACCUCAGGCCACAAUGACCAGUCACAGUGGCUGCAGGUUGACCUGCUCAUCCCGACAAAGAUCACUGGGAUAAUCACCCAAGGAGCAAAAGAUUUUGGCCACGUCCAGUUUGUGGGGUCCUACAAGCUCGCUUACAGCAACGAUGGGGAGCACUGGAAAAUAUACCAGGACGAGAAGCAGAAGAAGGACAAGGUGUUCCAGGGGAACUUUGACAACGACACGCACCGCAAGAACGUGAUCGAGCCGCCGAUCUACGCCCGGCAUGUGCGCAUCCUGCCCUGGUCGUGGUACGGCCGCAUCACCCUGCGGUCCGAGCUGCUGGGCUGCACGGCCGAGGACUGAGCCCACCCCGCUCCCGCCGUAGAUGAAGAAGCCUGUAGGAUGCUGAGUGGGGUUUUUCCAUGAACCAGUGCUCGCUCAUUUUUAUGGUAGGCCGCUAGCUGUCUUUCGCCAGGAGGUCUAAGCCUGCCCUUUUAAAACGAUCCGAGUUUUUUUGCCCUUGAAAUCUGUUGGUGUUGUCCCUUCUGCUGUGGAAUUAUCCUCCUAGUUCUCCUUUGAGUUGUUCACCACCAGUUGAAACGCGUUGAGGGAAAAGAUGAAAAAAAACAGCAGCAUCCUUUUUACAAGGGAAGAGAAAUAGUGUGACGAAGCUCAUUUGCAGCUUCAGGAACAUUGGGCUGAGUUCUCCAUAAACCAUACCACCAUCUUACUUGCAAAAAGUGAUACUGCAGCUUUUAGCAAUAAGUUUACUUGGGGAUGACUGCAUUAUAGUAAUUGUGCCUAUAUCAAACACUGUCAGUUCUUAUGACAAAUAUUUUGGGAAAUUCUCCGUGGUACCGUAAAACACGAUACCUGAGAUGUUCGAGCUACCUUUCACCACUUUCAUCCAGACAGCAGAGUCCACGCACCUGGAGGGUUUUCCUAACUUCCCCAUUUUCCUUCUCUAUUUUGCAUGCUGUAGACAUGGCCUCCAUCUUUUCUCUUUAGUAUAGCACUGCUGGGUGUUGUUUUCCUUGGAAGAUGUCACCUCCUUGCAUACGUAACCAGCUCAGUGUAAUAUGAAGUUGACUAAUUUGCCAAAGUUUAUGGAUUUUUGCAAAGUUUCCACGCUUUUUCACGUAGGCUAAGGUUAGGCACCAGGGUGCUUGUGGUGCCUCAUCUUGGCUGCCCACACAGUGCAUCAGAAACCCCAUUCCAGGAUGAUUUGUCCAGGGGUGAGCUCGCAGCCCCAGACUGUGCUCUGCCCACCCUUUCACAAACCCACUGCUCUCACAAACGCUCUGAAUUCCUGCAAGGAGGAAAAUGCGGGGUGAAGGAACCAGGUGCUAAAAGACACACGGGGAGGAAUGACUCCCUUACUGCCAGGAAACCCUCUCUCUUUAGGCUCUUCCUAAAGUCACAGCUUUCCUCCCCAAAAGGUAAGAGGUGACCUAGGAGCACACCAAAGCCUGGCCCUUGACACCCUCUGCUCCUAAAAAGUCUUUUCAGACACAUACCAGUGAGCCACGAGGAGCCUGUUUCCUACCAUGCCCCAUCUACAGGAAUGCUUCACACACAGCACAAUAGCAACCCCAGUUUAAAAAUUAGUUUUUUAGGAGGAAAAGUGGAGCAGUAGGCGGGGGGGCAUUCUCCCCUGUGCCUCAGUUUCCCCUGCUGAUUGAGAUAACAAUACCAACUUUUGAGGAGCAACCCAAGUUCCCUUGGAGUAAAGUGCUCUGUGACCACGUUAGAGCAGCACCUCAGCCCAAAAAGGAUCCCGGGACAGGGAGUGAGGGGGCAUUUUAUCUGUUACCUGAAACAACAGCACUUGGGAUUACUGCCAACCUUUUAAUUUCAUAACAUGCUGACGUGGAGAGAAAGAGAGAAUGAGAGAGAGAGAGAGAUAGAGAGAGAGAUGCGCAGCUGCAUGUUUUAGCAAAUGUCACCGAACUUAUACUUUCUGUCACUGUUCCAUUCUCACCAAAAGUCUGAAGUAUAAAUUUGGGCACUGCUUCCCAGGCCAGCAGCUAGCUGGCCCACAAUCUGCAAAAGGGCAAAGUUUACCUUGGAAACAAAAUGUUUUGGAUUUCGAAAAAACCUGCAUUUAAUCACACAUUCUCCACCACAGACUAAAUAUAUAUUAUCCAUUGAACUGUGAAAGACUCUAGAAUAGCAGCCAGGAAUUUUACAUACAAGAAUUGGGGAUAUAAUGGUGGCGGUUUUCUGAUAGUGUCACUUAAACUGUCACAUUUUAGCAAACAGAACACCCUGCCUCUACAAAAUGACUUAAUCCUUAAACUGUAUUUAUACAAGUAUUUAUUUUAUAAGGCUUAGACAUUUAAAGACUUCUAAAGAAGAGUCCUGUAAAGGUAAAAGUAUGUGUAAGAAAUGUUUAGGUCCUGUGCAACACUGCUAAGUUUGUUCUUUAUUUUUUACUUUGUGCUGCAUAACAAAAGCCACUAGACUGUUACUGUCUUGUCUGUAACUGUGUUAACAGCAUUCCUUAAUGAUGUAUAUAUGGAGUGGUCUUCAAGCAAAAGGAGCAAUUUUAAAGAGAAAGUCAACCACCUUGGUGGUACUUCCAAUGUAAAAAAAAAAAAAAAAAAAUCUGAAUAAUGGAGGACAAGUCUAUCCCCACAUUAUCUCUGCCUGUAUUUUGAAAUUUAGGCUUUUGGUUUAA